AUGCUAUCUACAAUAUCAAACACGUUGCCCUCUCAACGCUCUUCUCUGGUCUGCACUGGGCCAGCGCUCUCAAAUCUGGACAUAACCAACAACGGCCGACGUAAAUCAAGGCCGACGCCUUUAUCCUUCACCAAAAAUCCACCUAAAUUAUCUAUUGCAACAAGAAGAUCAGCAUCUACGUCGCCAUUGUCGACGCCAACAACCUCAACAUAUGAACUCCAAGGACCAACGUUAGGAUUUGUCACAACACCACCUCAUAGUGCCAGUAAACAUGGUAAAAGUAACAGUGAAUCGAGUAUAUCGCUACCACCGUAUACGAAUGGCCCAGCUGCUAUACUGCCAAACCUGUAUCUCGGCUCCGAAAUCAACGCCAGGGAUGUCAGCCGUAAUAUCAAACUUGGCAUAGGAUAUGUUUUGAAUGUAGCACAGGAGGUUGUAUUAGGAGCGUCAAACCAUCAUGAUGAUGAUGGUACAUCUCAAGGAGCUGAAGAACUACAAGAACUGUUUAAUUCUCUGCUUAGUCCUUUAGCACCAAGGCCUGUUAUGGACGAAGACUCUUCUGGAUCAUGCAGCUUCUCGGAUACGGCUUCCAACUCGUCGUAUGAGGAUACAGUGUCAUCGCCCUCUGAUAUGGCGCUAUAUGAGAACUUACGCAACCUAUUAGAGUCAUCACCAGCAUUAAGUCGUCGUGCACACCACAUCUAUAAAAACCCUCACCAUCAAAGAUGUGUAAGUGAUUCAUCAAUCAACAGUACAUUAUCACGUCACAGCAGCAAUAGUAUCACCACACCACCGCCAUCAACGUCAGUGACUUCACCAUCAACGCUACAGCACGUAAACAACAACACACUGGUAUAUAAAAACCUAUCAUGGUCACACGACGAACCACAUAUAAUAUCCCAUCUCCCUUCAGCCUUUAGCUUUAUCGAUGCCGCACGAGGCCAAAACCGAGCCGUGCUAGUAAAUUGCCAACAAGGAGUAUCUCGGUCAGCUUCUCUGGUUAUCGCUUACAUCAUGAGGUCGAUGAAUAUGACUGCUUGGCAAGCAUACACGUAUGUGAAGGAACGUGCACCACAUAUAAGUCCGAAUCUCAGUCUUAUGAGCCAGCUUGUAGAGUUUGAAAAGUGGUGCUUGUGUGAUACUGCUGCUGCCUCUGCUGAUCAACAAUAA